GAUCCACUGCAGCUUACCGAGCGAGUGUCAUGGCGGCCGGCGUCGAGUUGGCAGGAGUAGCCCACGAAACUGGGGAAACUCACUAGAGCUGAGGAAGAAGUGGCCCAAUCUGGACGGUGGGAAUAAGCAGAAGGCCCUCCGCGGGUGACUGUGUCACUAGAGGCAGGCCCCUGGUAAAAUUCCAGACCAGGCCUCUGCGUUGCUAGGCAGAACCUGGAGCCGGCCUUGCUUGAGAACCCCGCUUUGUGUUAUCAUAUCCUGUCUCGCGAAGGCAGGCGUUCAAGGAUAUUUGGUCAGAUCGUCCGACGGCGCUAAACCUUUUUUUUUUUUUCUCCCCCCCCCCCCGAACGGACCAGGUCGUUCUCUAAACUCGCUGCGAUGUCGUCCUGGCUUGGGGGCCUCGGCUCCGGAUUGGGCCAGUCUCUGGGUCAUGUCGGGGGCAGCCUGGCUUCCCUCACUGGCCAGAUUUCAAACUUUACAAAGGAUAUGCUGAUGGAGGGCACGGAGGAAGUGGAAGCAGAAUUGCCUGAUUCUAGAACAAAGGAAAUUGAAGCCAUUCAUGCAAUCUUGAGAUCAGAGAAUGAAAGGCUUAAGAAACUUUGUACUGAUCUAGAAGAGAAACAUGAAGCAUCAGAGAUUCAAAUAAAGCAACAGUCUUCAAGUUAUCGAAAUCAACUGCAACAAAAAGAGGUAGAAAUCAGCCAUCUUAAAGCCAGACAGAUUGCACUCCAGGAUCAGUUGCUGAAACUGCAGUCAGCUGCUCAGUCAGUACCUUCAGGAGCUGGUGGUGUACCAGCAACCACUGCAUCGUCUUCAUUCGCUUACGGGAUUAGUCAUCAUCCUUCAGCUUUCCAUGACGAUGACAUGGACUUUGGUGAUAUAAUUUCGUCCCAACAAGAAAUAAACCGACUCUCAAAUGAAGUUUCAAGACUUGAGUCUGAAGUUGGCCAUUGGAGGCACAUUGCCCAGAUUUCCAAAGCACAAGGAACACAUAACUCUGAUCAAAGUGAAAUAUGUAAACUACAAAAUAUUAUUAAGGAACUAAAACAGAACCGAAGUCAGGAAAUUGAUGACCAUCAACAUGAAAUGUCAGUACUGCAGAAUGCACACCAACAGAAAUUGACAGAAAUAAGUCGACGACAUCGAGAAGAAUUAAGUGACUAUGAAGAACGAAUUGAAGAACUUGAAAAUCUGUUACAACAAGGUGGCUCUGGAGUUGUAGAAACUGAUAUCUCUAAAAUUUAUGAGAUGCAAAAAACUAUUCAAGUUCUACAAACAGAAAAAGUGGAGUCUACCAAAAAAAUGGAAGAACUUGAGGAUAAAAUAAAAGAUAUAAGUAAAAAAUUAUCUUCUGCAGAAAAUGACAGAGAUACUUUGAGGAGAGAACAAGAACAGCUAAAUGUGGAAAAGAGACAAAUAAUGGAAGAAUGUGAAAACUUAAAAUUGGAAUGUAGUAAAUUGCAGCCUUCUGCUGUGAAGCAAAGGGAUACCGUGACAGAAAAGGAAAGAAUUCUUGCCCAGAGUGCAUCAGUGGAAGAAGUGUUCAGACUACAACAAGCACUGUCUGAUGCCGAAAACGAAAUAAUGAGAUUGAGUAGUUUAAACCAGGAUAACAGUCUUGCUGAAGACAAUCUGAAACUUAAAAUGCAUAUCGAAGUUUUAGAAAAAGAGAAGUCAUUGCUGAGUCAAGAAAAGGAAGAACUUCAGAUGUCACUUUUAAAAUUGAACAAUGAAUAUGAAGUAAUUAAAAGUACAGCUACAAGAGACAUAAGUUUGGAUUCAGAAUUACAUGACUUAAGACUUAAUUUGGAGGCAAAGGAACAAGAACUCAAUCAGAGUAUUAGUGAAAAGGAAACACUGAUAGCUGAGAUAGAAGAAUUGGACAGACAGAAUCAAGAAGCUACAAAGCACAUGAUUUUGAUAAAAGAUCAGCUAUCAAAGCAACAAAAUGAAGUAGAUAGCAUCAUCAGUAAACUGAAACAAGAUCUAAAUGAUGAAAAAAAGAGAGCUCAUCAACUUGAAGAUGAUAAAAUGGACAUUACUAAAGAGUUAGAUGUACAGAAAGAAAAGCUACUUCAAAGUGAAGUGGCCCUAAAUGAUUUACAUUUAACCAAGCAGAAACUUGAGGACAAAGUAGAAAAUUUAGUAGAUCAGCUAAAUAAAUCACAAGAAAGUAAUGUAAGCAUCCAGAAGGAGAAUUUAGAACUUAAGGAGCGUAUUAGACAAAAUGAGGAGGAGCUUUCUAGAAUAAGAAAUGAGUUAACUCAGUCUCUAAAUCAAGAAGACUCUGAUAGUAAUUUUAAGGAUACCUUACUUAAAGAAAGAGAAGCUGAAUUUAGAAACUUAAAGCAAAAUCUUUCAGAAUUAGAACAGCUCAAUGAAAAUUUAAAGAAAGUUGCUUUUGAUGUCAAAAUGGAGAAUGAAAAGUUAGUUUUAGCAUGUGAAGAUGUGAGGCAUCAGUUAGAAGAAUCUCUUGCUGGUAACAAGCAGCUUUCUCUGGAAAAAAAUACUAUUGUGGAGACUCUAAAAAUGGAAAAAGGAGAGAUAGAAGCAGAAUUGUGUCGGGCUAAAAAGAGGCUAUUGGAAGAAGCAAACAAGUAUGAGAAAACCAUUGAAGAACUGUCAAAUGCAUGUAAUUUGAAUACCUCUCCCUUACAGCUGGAGCAUGAGCAUUUAAUUAAACUCAAUCAAAAGAAAGACAUGGAAAUAGCAGAACUCAAAAAGAAUAUUGAACAAAUGGAUACUGACCAUAAAGAAACUAAGGACAUUUUGUCAUCUAGUUUAGAAGAGCAGAGGCAGUUGGCACAACUUAUAAAGGAGAAAGAAAUUUUUAUUGAAAAGCUUAAAGAAAGAAGUUCAAAGCUGCAGGAGGAAUUGGAUAAAUAUUCUCAGGCCUUACGAAAAAAUGAAAUUUUAAGACAGACCAUAGAGGAAAAGGACCGAAGUCUUGGAUCCAUGAAAGAAGAAAAUAAUCAUCUGCAAGAAGAAUUGGAACGACUCAGGGAACAGCAGAGUCGAACCGCACCUGUGACUGACCCUAAAACCCUUGAUAGUGUUGCUGAACUAGCAUCUGAGGUGUCUCAACUGAACAUGAUCAAGGAUAAUCUUGAAGAGGAAAUUAAACAUCAUCAAAAGAUAAUUGAAGAUCAAAACCAGAGUAAGAUGCAACUACUUCAGUCUUUACAAGAGCAAAAGAAGGAAAUGGAUGAGUUUAGAUACCAGCAUGAGCAAAUGAACGCCACACACACCCAGCUCUUUUUAGAGAAAGAUGAGGAAAUUAAGAGUUUGCAAAAAACAAUCGAACAAAUCAAAACCCAGUUACAUGAAGAAAGACAGGACAUUCAAACAGAUAACUCUGAUAUUUUUCAAGAAACAAAAGUUCAGAGCCUUAAUAUAGAAAACGGAAGUGAAAAGCAUGAUUUAUCUAAAGCUGAAACGGAAAGAUUAGUGAAAGGAAUAAAGGAGCGAGAACUGGAGAUUAAACUUCUAAAUGAAAAGAAUAUAUCGUUAACUAAACAGAUUGAUCAGUUAUCCAAAGAUGAAGUUGGUAAACUAACUCAGAUUAUUCAGCAGAAAGACUUGGAGAUACAAGCUCUUCAUGCUAGAAUUUCUUCAACUUCCUAUACUCAAGAUGUUGUUUACCUUCAACAGCAACUGCAGGCUUAUGCUAUGGAAAGAGAAAAGGUAUUCGCUGUUUUGAAUGAGAAGACUAGGGAAAAUAGCCAUUUAAAAACAGAAUAUCACAAAAUGAUGGAUAUCAUUGCUGCCAAGGAAGCAGCUCUCAUCAAACUGCAAGAUGAAAAUAAAAAAUUGUCUACUAGAUUUGAAAGUAGUGGCCAAGAUAUGUUUAGAGAAACUAUUCAGAAUUUAUCACGUAUCAUUCGAGAAAAAGACAUUGAAAUAGAUGCUCUAAGUCAGAAAUGUCAGACUUUAUUGGCAGUUUUACAGACAUCCAGCACUGGUAAUGAGGCUGGAGGUGUUAAUAGUAAUCAAUUUGAGGAGCUUCUACAGGAACGUGACAAGUUAAAACAGCAAGUAAAGAAAAUGGAAGAGUGGAAGCAGCAGGUAAUGACCACGGUACAAAAUAUGCAACACGAGUCAGCCCAGCUUCAGGAAGAACUUCACCAACUUCAGGCACAGGUUUUGGUUGACAGUGAUAAUAAUUCUAAAUUACAAGUGGACUAUACUGGCCUGAUCCAAAGUUAUGAGCAGAAUGAAACCAAACUCAAAAAUUUUGGGCAGGAAUUAGCACAAGUUCAGCACAGCAUUGGGCAGCUUUGCAAUACCAAGGAUCUUCUUUUAGGAAAACUUGAUAUUAUUUCACCCCAGCUGUCUUCUGCAUCAUUGCUUACUCCCCAAUCUGCACAGUCUCUUAGAGCAAGUAAGUCUGAUGUAUUGAGUCAAUCUUCUGAAUUGCUUCAGCAAGAGGUAGAAGAGCUAAGAAAAUCACUACAGGAAAAAGAUGCAACAAUUAGAACUCUCCAGGAAAAUAAUCACAGAUUGUCUGAUUCGAUUGCUGCCACCUCAGAGCUAGAAAGAAAAGAACACGAACAAACCGAUUCAGAAAUCAAGCACCUAAAGGAGAAACAAGAUGUUUUACAAAAGUUACUUAAGGAAAAAGACCUCUUAAUCAAAGCCAAAAGUGAUCAACUACUUUCUUCCAAUGAAAAUUUCACUAACAAAGUAAAUGAAAAUGAACUUUUGAGGCAGGCAGUAACAAACCUGAAGGAGAGAAUAUUAAUUCUAGAGAUGGACAUUGGCAAACUAAAAGGAGAAAAUGAAAAAAUAGUGGAAACAUCCAAGGGAAAGGAAACAGAAUAUCAAGCAUUACAAGAGACUAACAUGAAGUUUUCUAUGAUGCUGCGAGAAAAAGAGUUUGAGUGCCACUCAAUGAAGGAGAAGGCUCUUGCUUUUGAACAGCUAUUGAAAGAGAAAGAACAGGGCAAGGCUGGAGAGUUAAAUCAGCUUUUAAACGCAGUUAAAUCAAUGCAGGAGAAGACAGUUGUGUUUCAACAGGAGAGAGACCAAGUCAUGUUGGCCCUGAAACAAAAACAAAUGGAAAAUAUUGCCCUACAGAAUGAGGUUCAACGUUUACGUGACAAAGAAUUUCGGUCAAACCAGGAGCUAGAGAGAUUGCGUAAUCAUCUUUUAGAAUCAGAAGAUUCUUAUACCCGUGAAGCUUUGGCUGCAGAAGAUAGAGAGGCUAAACUAAGAAAGAAAGUCACAGUAUUGGAGGAAAAGCUAGUUUCAUCCUCUAAUGCGAUGGAAAAUGCAAGCCAUCAAGCCAGUGUGCAGGUAGAGUCAUUGCAAGAACAAUUGAAUGUAGUCUCCAAGCAAAGGGAUGAAACUGCGCUGCAGCUUUCUGUCUCUCAGGAACAAGUAAAGCAGUAUGCUCUGUCACUGGCCAACCUGCAGAUGGUACUAGAGCAUUUCCAACAAGAGGAAAAAGCUAUGUAUUCUGCUGAACUCGAAAAGCAAAAACAGCUUAUAGCUGAAUGGAAGAAAAAGGCAGAAAAUCUGGAAGGAAAAGUGAUAUCAUUACAGGAACGUUUGGAUGAAGCAAAUGCUGCAUUGGAUUCAGCAUCAAGACUUACAGAACAGUUAGAUGUAAAAGAAGAACAAAUCGAAGAACUUAAAAAACAAAAUGAGCUCCGACAAGAAAUGCUGGAUGAUGUACAAAAGAAAUUGAUGAACUUAGCAAACAGCUCAGAAGGAAAAGUGGACAAAGUCCUAAUGAGAAACCUCUUCAUUGGUCAUUUCCACACACCGAAAAAUCAGCGUCAUGAAGUGUUACGGUUGAUGGGGAGCAUCCUGGGCGUCAGAAGGGAGGAGAUGGAGCAGUUGUUUCAUGAUGAUCAGGGCGGUGUUACCAGGUGGAUGACUGGGUGGCUUGGAGGAGGAUCAAAAAGUGUUCCCAACACACCUUUGAGACCAAAUCAGCAAUCUGUGCUUAAUAGUUCUUUUUCAGAACUUUUUGUUAAAUUUCUAGAAACAGAAUCUCAUCCAUCCAUUCCACCACCAAAGCUUUCUGUUCAUAAUAUGAAACCUCUGGAUUCACCAGGAAGAAGAAAACGAGAUACAAAUGCACCAGAAAGUUUUAAAGAUACAGCGGAAUCCAGGUCUGGUAGAAGAACAGAUGUAAAUCCGUUUUUGGCUCCUCGCUCGGCAGCUGUGCCUCUUAUUAACCCAGCUGGACUUGGACCGGGUGGGCCCGGGCACCUUCUUCUCAAACCCAUCUCAGAUGUUUUGCCCACAUUUACACCUUUACCAGCGUUGCCUGACAGCAGCGCUGGGGUUGUGCUGAAAGACCUUUUAAAGCAAUAGAUGAUUCUCAGCCAGAGACAAUCUAGCACUUUAAAGAAACCAUGAACACUAUAUGUAUGUACUUUAUCACAAAGUGGCCUUUGGGAAAAAGUCAUGUAUUGGUUCACAGUUAUGCUUUCUCUGAAUUUAAUAAAAAUAUUCCUAAUGCUUUUAGAAACUGCAGGUGUCAGGAGCAAGUGUUUGCUAUAUAAUCUGCUUUAUUCCUUUUGAUUUGACCUAAUUUAAGCUAGGAACAUUUAAUUUAUCUAUUACCUUAAUUUACAAAAAUACAGACAGACAAAAGUACUAGUACCUGUAUGGCAGCUUUUUAUUUCCUUCUAUGAUUUCCAAGCUCAUUUAAGCUAGAGAUUGUGGUUUAUCAAGAGAGUUGUUUUUUUUGGUUUUUUUUUUAAUGAAGGAUAAAAAAAUACUAGUAUUGGCUUCUCUGCAUAGUGCCGAAAGUUGAUUUGAAGCAUAUAUUGAUCAUCUUUAGAGGACUUUGUGGAGACAGGCCAACAAGAUUGUCACUGGAAGGUGAUAGGUACCCUGAGGUGAAGUAUGUAUUUGGUCCUGUGCAAUAUUAUCAUGUGUGUAGAUUCUUUUUUUGUUUGUUUUAAAUAGAGAUGGGGUCUCACUAUGUCGCCAGGCUGCCCUCGAACUCCUGGGCUUGAGUGAUCCUCCCACCUCGGCCUCUCAAAGUGCUGGGAUUACAGGCAUGAGCCACUGCACCUGGCCCUGUGUGUAGAUUCAUGUGACUACCACCACAGGCAAGACACAGAAGACUUCCAUUACAAGCAUCCCCCAUGUUGCCCUGUCAUAAUCAUUGCCACCUCUCUCCCUGGCCCUCUCUCCUUAAUCCCUGACAACCACCAACUGUUCUCCAUCUCAGUCAUUUUGUUAUUUUGAGAAUGUUAUAUAAAUGGAAUCAGUAUAGAACCUCUUGAGACUGGCUUUUUUUCACUCAGCAUAAUCACCUUGAGAUCCAUCCAAGGUUUUGGAUGUAUCAUUAGUUUGUUCCUUUUUAUUGUUGAGCAUAUAGUGCAGGUAUAUCACUUAGUUUUAGCAGCUAAGCUAUCUGUUUAAAGAUACCAUCUUAAAACUAAAUGUUUCUUUACACAAAUUCAUACAACUUUCAUAUAAGCGUUAAACCAUACAGCUGCGUCUACAUAAGUAUAAUUAGCAAUAUCACUGAGCAUGCCACUUCCUGCCUCCGUCAGCAGUGUUGACAUAUGAGGUACAGCAAUCCGAGAGUCAACUGUUCUCAUCACGGUGGCCACUGAGGGCAGUGAAAUCACUUUGAUAGCACCAGUACCCAGAUGUUUGAAACUUAAAGUAUUUCUUUAAUUUUUCAUAAACCCAUUAUUUAAAAAAAUCCCAACUUGAAACUUAACUGUAUCUGGAUGUUCAUAUUUUUAUUAGUUGUUGAAGUUGUACAUUUAAAAAGAUAUUUCUUGCAAAUUUUGUAAAUUUCUAUAUGCUUUUAAAAUAGAAACAUUUGUAUAACAAGGAAGGAUGAAAAUAAAACAAAUUCAAAUAUGUGAAUAGUCCUGGCUGAGGCCAGAACUGGAUUUGGUUAUUUGCAAGUUUUACUGUGAUUAACUGUACUUUCUAAUGUAUUUGGAAGACAAGAAGUCUUAAUUCCAUGUUGAUGGGUGAAACUUGUUUUUCUGAAAAAUGAAGUAACUGAGAAUGCUGCUUCAGAAUGUCUUGUAUCUCCUUAGAUCACUAAUUUAUAUUGCCAUUCUUUAUUUACUAUACUUUAAAGGAAGUUGUCAUACAAGUUCUAUAUUAGAACUGUCAAACUGCCUCUUCUUGGUUUUUGCCUGUUAUUAUUUCUCUGUGAGUUAUUACUCCUUGGUUUUUAUAUGCUCCUAACAAAGAUACUUUCACUGACUAUCCUACAUUAUUUGCUGCUUGCCAUUGAAGUUUCAUUUCAGUGUGGAGAAAUGAAAUACUACUUUCUAAGCUAAAAAAAAAAGACACAUGGUCCUUUAUUUUUAAGAAAUAGAAUAUGUAAAAAAAUGUUCUCUUUUAAUUUGAAAAAGAGAUGCAUGGUUGGUAUUUAAGUACUAUGUCAUCAUAUUUGAAAUGCCUUUUGUGAUAUUUUUGAGUAUUUCCCUCUCUGACCAAAACAAGUUGUCCCCCUCUCAUCCCAGAAUUUAACAUAAGUUUAAAAGCUGUUGUGGGUGGAUUGCAUAGCUAAACAUCACAGAGCAUGAUAUUAAAUGGUUGCUAUUUAAAUAAGUAUGUGACCUUGUCCUAAAGCUAUAAUACUGGCCGGGCACGGUGGCUCACACCUGUAAUCCCAGAACUUUGGGAGGCCGAGGCGAGUGGAUCACCUGAGGUCAGGAGUUCAAGACCAGCCUGGCCAACAUGGUAAAACCCCAUCUCUACUAAAAAUACAAAAAUUAGCUGGGCAUGGUGGCAGGCACCUGUAAUCGCAGCUACUCUGGAGGCUGAGGCAGGAGAAUCGCUUGACCCUGGGAAGUGGAGGUUGCAGUGAGCCACCACUCCACUGUACUCCAGCCUGAGCGACAGAGCGAGACUCCGUCUCAAAAAAAAAAAAAACAAAAAAAAAACUGCAGUACCUAAUGUUUUCAUUGUGCCAUUGAAACUAUAGCUGACUGGUAUGUAUACUAAGUGUUCGUUGAUCGAAACCAGAUAUAAGUCAUCGAGUUUUCUGAAACUUAGUUGUGUCAGAGAUGAACCACCUGCUCACUGAACCGUCUUAGUAACCAGACAGUGAUGAAGCAUAUAAUUCUAAUGUUGGCACAGGACAUUGCUAACAGUGCGUUUAACUGCAAUAUUUUAACUACAGUAAUUUUUCUGUUUAUUUCUCUAUUCACUCAGUAGAAUUUGUGGUUGAAUUCCACCUUCGCUGCCAUAGAUUUUUUUACCACAUUCCUAAUGGUUUUCAACCUCUAUACUGUAGUAGAAAAUUCAUCCAACUACUGAAUUUAGUUUUAGCAUAAUACUGGAUCAAAUUGUUUGAAUUUUCAUUCCUGUCAUUUUUGAUUUUUAAAAAAUGAAACAAAACUAAGCAACAAAACCGUAGGAAAAAAGGAAUGGCUUCUUUCCAACUAGCCAAUUAAAACAUCCAAUAUCUCCCCAAAUAAAGCGUUAGGUUUCUUUUAACCUCUUAAUGGUUCAUUGAAAAGAGUACAGAAACUAUCAAAAUAUUUAUCCAAUCAAUGGGGGAAGAGCUGUGUCUUCAGGGACAGGAGAGUGAUGAGCAUUUUUUAGGAUACACUAUUAUGUGUCACACUUAAAAGCAUUUGAACCUGAUUUUUAAAGACAAUGAAGUUUUCCACAUAUCGAAGUAUUUAAAACAUCUUCCAUCCACAAAAAUUUAUCUUUAAGUUUUGUAAAUAUCAAGUAGGUAUAGAUGAUAUUUAUUUUAUAUAUUCCUAUGGAAAAAAAUGCUGCUUUAAUGUUCUGAUAUUUGUGAUUAUUUGCCAGUCUUUACUUUUUAAUUUAUUAAAAAGUUAAAUACUUAUUAAGGUUUCUCUAUGUAAAACAACUUAAAUUGUCUUUUGAUUUUUAGGGAAAUAUCUAAAUGUGGGAAAUUUCCAACACAACCUUAAUAUUAGGUUGUGUUAUUUAUAGAGCUAAAGUUAAUGCAUUUUUGAAUUUCUCAGGAGCACUGCAAGGCAAAAAAAAUACUCCAAAUAAAAAUGAUAUAUGUAAGUUGGCAAUGUCUUCAUUCACAAUAAAAAAAUUUUUAGCAAA